UCCUCGCCGGAGAAGCUGGGCGAAGUGGAGCGACGUCGGCCUGAAACCCUUCUCGGGCAAGGCGAGCGAAUCCGGAGCAGCUCGGGGGUCCGCGCCCCGAUUUCCCCCAUUUUUCAAAGGAGGGCAUGGGUGAAUAGCCGUGUAUCCUCCUGAAAACCCCUUUAGGCUUCAUCCACCAACUUUUUUCUGGGGACCAUAACAUUUAGGAAGAUGACGCCUGCGUUGAUAGGAAGCCAGAGCAUUACCUCUGUCUCAGAAAUCCUCAUCUUCAUUGCUGUUUUCUGUCUCGUGCUGGUUAUCCUCAAAACCAGGCAACGGAUCCCACCAGGACUAAGGAAGCUACGAGGGCCAAGGGGGUACCCCUUUAUUGGAAACAUCUUGGACCUGGGGAAGAAUCCCCAUAUGUCUUUGACACAGCUGAGCCAGAAGUAUGGGGACGUCAUGCUAAUUCAUCUUGGGGCCAAACCGGUGCUGGUGCUGAGUGGGCUGGAAACUAUUAAGCAAGCUCUGGUCAAGCAAGGGAGUGACUUUGUGGGACGCCCAGAUCUCUACAGCUUCAAGUUAAUUAAUGAUGGCCAGACCUUCACCUUUGGUAGGCUUUCUGAGGAAAGCUGGCGCGUUUGCCGAAAGCUGGCCCUGAAUGCUCUCAAGACCUUCGCAACCUCAACCAGCUCCAACUCAUCGACUUCCCUGCUGGAGGAACACAUCUCCAAAGAGGCAGAAUACCUGGGCAUGAAAUUCCAAGAUCUGAUGAAAGAGAAGGAGAGUUUUGAGCCUUUCCAGUACAUGGUGGUCUCUGUAGUCAAUGUCAUCUGUGCCAUGUGUUUUGGGAAGCGUUACAACCAUGGGGAUCAAGACCUGCUUAGCAUAGUGGACAUAAAUAAUGAUUUCGGCAUGGUGGCUGCUUCCGGGAAUCCAGCCGAUUUCUUCCCGAUCCUCCAAUAUUUACCCAGCCGCAGCAUGGAAGCUUUCAAGGAGGUGAACCGGAAAUUCAACAUGCUGAUACAGAGGCUGGUUGAAGAACACUACAUCAGCUUUGACAAGAACAACAUCCGAGAUAUCACUGACUCGCUCAUCAGCUUCUGCCAGGAUAAAAAACUGGACUCAAAUGCCAAUGAAGCCCUAAAGGAUCUGAACAUUGUCGGUAUCGUCAAUGAACUCUUUGGAGCUGGAUUUGAUACUGUGUCUACUGGUCUGUCCUGGUGCCUUCUGUAUCUGGUGACUUACCCAGAAAUCCAAAGGAAAAUUCAAGAAGAACUUGACCAAAUCAUUGGCAGAGGAAGGACACCCAAGCUAUCUGACUGUGCCAUGCUCCCUUACUCAGAAGCUUUUAUCUUUGAGAUGUUCAGACAUUCAUCCUUCGUUCCCUUCACAAUCCCGCAUUGCACCACCAGGGACACAGUACUGAAUGGCUUCUAUAUUCCUCAAGAUACCUGUGUGUUUGUCAACCAGUGGCAAGUCAACCACGAUCCGAAACUUUGGGACGAGCCCUCUGCCUUCAACCCUGAACGGUUUCUUGCUACUGAUGGGACAGGAAUAAACCGUGCCGAGUGCGAAAAGGUUAUGAUUUUUGGCUUGGGCAAAAGGCAGUGUGUGGGACAGAACAUUGCGAAGAAGGAGGUUUUUCUGUUUCUGACCACUUUGGUGCAAAAGCUGGAAUUCACCCUGUCUGGCCCAGAGAUGGUGGACGGGACUCCCCAGUAUGGCCUGACCAUGAAAUACAAGAAGUGCGAACACUUCCGGGUCAAACCGCGUUUCUAGCAGGUGGCAUCUGGAACGAGCAGAGGCUGACUCUUGCCCAGAAAGGGGGAUCUGGGGCUACUUACUCUGACAGGAUUUAUUGUUUGCUAUGGGGUGGCUCAGCCACCCAAGCCGAGCUUGAGCAAAAACUUGCUUGGUGACUUUGAACUAGCCCAUAUCUCUUAUAUUAAUCUACCUCGCAGGCUUAUCGUGGGAGAAAUUGCAGGAAAUAGUAUGUAUACUCCUUGGAAUUCCCAGAGGAAAACUGAAAUAAAAAUGUAACAAAAAUGAACUAAACAUGGUCAUAUUAAGUAUGGUGACUGGGAAAUUAUGCUUGAUAAAGGUGCUUCAGAUUAUUAAAUGCCCUUUCUGUCUCAACCAUCUGCUUAAGAGCCCUGAUUCUGCAGAAGACUUUGACCUGAUGUAUUUUGUCCAGUUCAUCUGGGGAUGAAGAAGAAGUAUGUGUUAAAUUCCAGAGUAGAGAUUAAAACUUGGGUGAUCCAGAGAGUCUGUUAAGUAUUAUGUAUAUAAUGAAGAAUAAAUAAAAACAGCUUUCUAUGAGA